AUGAAAUCAUGUUUCCUUGUGGCUCUGAUGACGACAGCUAUUGCAUCACCACUUCAGCGAUUUGAGGAGCUGAACUAUCCAACUUUAGAAGAUUAUUUUGGUCUGAACAGUGGCAUUAUGGUCGAUCCGAUAGACUGGGUACAAAAUUAUCGUGAAAAUGCUCUAAAAGAGUUAAUUGACCUUUGGAAUCGCAAUAAUAGCAUAAAUAGUGGACUCAACGCUUAUUAUGCACCCGAUACUGACGGAGGUUAUACUAACGAAGCUGUUGGGACACAAACCUCAUACCCGGAUAACAUAAUACAGGAGUAUGAAUAA